AUGGUCCUACCCGAUUUGGAUACGCAGUUCUUCGUGCCGACUUUGAAAGGCGCAAAAACGAAUUUCAAAGGCUCGUCAUUGGUUCUGGUCAGUUCAGUCAAUCCGGGUCUUGCGUCGUCAUCGGUUUGAGAAGAGCAGCGGCUGACGCGUCGUCGAUUUUCCCACCCACCCCAUUCGCAUGCCUACACAACAACAGCCUCAACCUUCGCUAGGCUCCCUCCCUCAACUCGCAUUGGAUCUCUACGUGCACACGUUCCAACUCGAGCUCGUCGGCUGUGCCGCGUUGAGGGAUACGAUACCCUGUGUUGGUGGGGUCGAUGUCGUCGAGGGUGAGCAGAGGCAGAGUGUACAAGGUGGUUUCAGUUGGGCUACACAAGGUCCGUCUUUGGGUGCGGUUCAGCUGGUAUGUGGAGAGGUCUCGAGGAUUGAUCCAGUCAGAGCAACCCCACACCCAGUCUAUCAAACGCCUUCCAGCGCAAGUAACGGUGAUUCGAUCACCCUGCUGCUGCCUCGAGCACCGAUCAUCCAAGCGAGGAAACGGCACUACUUUGAUGCGUUGACGGCGUGGAUACGACAAUCCGAGUUCAGGGACGUCCUGAUCGUUGGCGCUGUCGAUGCAGCGAUGCGUGGGGACGACGGCUUGAGGGAGUGAGUUGCCAGAUUAGAGGUCGUCGUUUUUAUCUGAUCAAACUGCUCAUGAGGUGGGAGGUUGUGUCGACGCUUUAGAACCAACCCCUUCCGAUCGAUCGUCCUCCCCAUCCGAGAAGGCACCGACCCUUCACCCCUCCUCGAACGACUAUCGAAAUCCGUACGACCCUAUUUCAAAGCAUCAGAUCCGUCAUCGAAAAAGACGAUUCCAGCAAUACCACAUGGUGGUCUCACGCGAUCCCUCUUGCAACACUUGUCUACCUCGGAGGACGGAGCGUCGCUCCCAACCGUCGGAGCGUUGUUGGUCUAUACCGCCGAAGGAGAGAACGAGGCCUUGGCGAAAGGAUUGGGGGACGUGGUUAGGUCUUUGAUCGUUGGGAGUGACGGUAGUGAUCUCGCUGGGACAGGGAGUGGGACGGAGUGGAAGGUCCCGAAGAGUUGGAAGCUGGGUUUGAUGGGUGAUGAGUUGGGUAGUCAGAGGAGGAGCGAGAUGUAUGGCUGA